CGCACGAGGUGAACUCAAAGUUAACAUUUGUUUAGAAGGAAAUCAGAGCCCUUUAGCUGUUUCUCCGUUUCUUUAGCUCUGUUGAAGCGAAAGGAAAUAAAAACCAAAAAUGCCUGCAAGGAAACGUCAGACAAGCAAAAGGAAGGCAGAAGAGCCCGCAAAGGAUGCAGUUAACAAGAAGAAAGACAAGCGAGAAGCUGCAAGUGUUGACCAGAGGGAAGUUGGGCAUGUCUUGACACUCGGGCAGGGUGAUGUGGGGCAGUUAGGUCUGGGUGAAGAUACCUUGGAAAGAAAGAAACCAGCCAUAGUGAAAGGACUUGAUGAUCUGGAAAUUGUUCAAGUGGAAUGUGGAGGAAUGCAUACUGUAGCUCUCACUGACAGUGGAAAGGUUUACACUUGGGGUUGUAAUGAUGAGGGAGCUUUAGGCCGUGUUACUUCAAGUGAGAAUGGUGAAGAGUUUACUGCUGGUCCAGUGCAAGAUAUAGAGAGUGUAAAUGUUGUCAUGGUGUCAGCAGGGGAUAGUCAUACAAUGGCCUUAUCUGACCAAGGAACAGUGUAUGGCUGGGGGACAUACAGGGAUGCAAGUGGACAAGUUGGUCUACAGGCAGAUGGUGUCAAACACAAGCCCACUGUUAUCCUAACACUUCAGAACAACCCCAUUAUUAAAAUAGCAUCUGGGAAUGACCACACAGUAGCAUUGACAAAGGAUGGAAAUAUCUUUACCUGGGGCUGUGCAGAACAAGGCCAGUUGGGAAGAAUAAUGGGAUGCUUUACUAGUCGUGGGGGGCGUAGGGGUUUGCAGUACAUCUUAAACCCAAAACAAGUUCGCGACAAGAAAAGACUGACAUUUAAAGACAUUUUCUGUGGCAGCUACUCCACAUUUGCUGUUUCUCAAUAUGGUGCAGUGUAUGCAUGGGGACUAAACAACUAUGGGCAGCUGGGAACUGGAGAUCUUGAAACUCUUUAUGCUCCAACAAAGGUGGAAGCACUUACAUCCUUAAUCUCAGACAAUAACAAGUGUGUCAGUAUAGCCAGUGGUCAGCACCACACAAUUGUUCUAGACUCAAGUGGCAAAGUGUAUGCAAUGGGAAGAGCAGAAUACGGAAGACUUGGUUUAGGUGAAGAUGCUAAGGAAACUACCUCUCCAGUUUUAGUUGCAGCAUUAGAAUGGAACCCCAUUUGCAAGAUUGCUUGUGGUGAAGCUGUUAGCUUGGCUGUCUCAAGUAAGGGGGAUUUGUACUCGUGGGGUUUUGGAAGUUGCCUUCAGCUGGGUACAGGAGAGGAUGAGGAUGAAUUUUCACCAGUGAAAGUGGAAGGGAAGAACUUGCAGUCUGAACUUCAUGAGGUGUUGGGGGUUUCUGCUGGAGGACAGCAUACAGCUUUACUAGUGAAAGACAGGAAAUAAUGAACUAACCAUACUUCUCUGUGUAAAACAUUAAUUUGUAUGGCAAAAGAAUAAAUAGCUUUCCAUUCUGAGGAAUGUGUCACUGAAGUGGCACAAAAAAUCUACUGGUAAUCGUCAUAAUUUUCUUUGAAAACAUCUUUUUAUUUUUUUUUUUUAAAAACAAAUGAUGUAAAUUAUUACACUUUAGACAGUGGUGACUGUCAUAUGUUUUGCUAAGAGUUAAUAAUGUUCAUUAUUGAACAAGCUUAUUUUGUCAUUUCUUUAAUUCACCCAUCACAGCAAGGUAAACUUGGUUUGGAUGAGAAAAUACUCUUAUUUUUAAUUGUACCGAAAAAAAGAAAGUCAGAAUAUCUGCUAGACAGUCAUUCAAUCUGUAACAAACAGAUGACAUCAAACAAGGCUCAUGAAUGAACCCUUAUGUAUUCAUAUUUUCAAAUAAAUUUUGAAUCAGAAG